AUGGUGUUCUUCACCGUUCGUGCUUUUCAGCCCCAGUUGCGUCGCUUUCUCCAGCAACAGUUAGUUGAUUGCAAGAUCCCCUUGGUGGGUGAGCGGUUGGCUAUCAGCGCGCUACUUGGAUCCAUCUGGGUUACCAGCCUAUACGGCAUCAUCGUAGGUGUCUGGUGGAUUCGCCUGCGAGAUUACUUUGAUGGUAGAGGUCAUGAAAAUGGCGUUUUUGAUGGAAAUCGCCGUCUUGCUGCGGUUGCAUUAACUGGCCACCUCUGCGAUGUCACAAUGGGGAUGGUCCUUAUCCCCGUCUCUCGACACAGCGCAUUAGCGUCAUUCUUCAAACUCUCCGUCUCAACCACGCUUACUUUUCAUAUGUUGGCAGCAUACACUCUCUUUAUCCUUGUCCUGAUCCAUGGAUUCCUUUAUGUAUCCUGGGUACCGGUCUUCUACACCCUCUCGGAGAAGCUUCGGCCAGUAUUCCCCGUCUUAAACCCAACAUAUCUAUACUUCCAGACUUGGCCGGGAGACUCAUCUGCCUUGGGUAUCUGGCGAGCCUCCCUAAUAUUCACUGGUCUCGCCUCCGCCAUGAUCAUGGGUCUCAUUUUUGUCACCACGUUACCAAGAAUUCGGUUAAAGCAUUUCAAUCUCUUUUAUUUUACUCACCUCCUGAGUAUUGUGGCCGUCAUAAUAAUCUGUCUGCACGCCAGUACGGUCUUUUACUGUGUAGCUCCAGGGCUUGCCAUGUGGGUGCUCGACUGGGGUAUGCGACUUUACGAGUUGAGAGAGUGUGUGCCAGGCAAAGUGGCGCAUCUAGGUAAAGGAUGGUAUUGUAUCGAUAUGCUACUCCCUAGACAUCGAAUCGACGGAUGUGCGUGCAAGUCCCCAGUUGCCCAUUUCUACAUUCGCCAUUCGUUAUCCUCCUCCCGGGAGCUCCAUCCUUUCACCACUAUUACCCCUCUUGCCUCUCAGAAAGAAGUCAAUUCCGAGUCCCGAGAUGAUAUACCGAUCCAAUUUCUCUUCCGUAAGCGUGGCAAUCCAGACAGCCUCCCGGGCCCACAGGUCAGAAACCAUAAACGGUCGACCGGGCUGAGAUUGUUCUACAAAUCCACCAAGCAGACCUUUCAGUGGACAGAUAAACUAGCCGGUCUCGCCGAUAGAUACAGACAAUUGUCCGGGGAUGGAGAUAAUAGCAGCAGCAACAGCCAGCAAAUCAGCACGCCUCUUAUUGAGCCUGCUAGCAAGAGUCUAAGACGCACUUAUCCGUCACAGGGGGUGGAUAUUUCUCUGAGGCUUGAAGGUCCGUACUUCUCCGAGGCAGAUCCCUCGCUGUACAGGACCGUCAUAUGUUUUGUCGCUGGUACUGGUCCGAUCCGACAGCAUCUCUCGAAGUACAUGUGCACCUCACUGGAGAAGGAAGAUCUCGGCUGGAUUUCGAGGAAAGUUUAG